AGCGCGCAGCAGCGACCUGAGCGCUCGCCGACAGUCCGCCAGUACAGGGCGUCUGGCGCAGUACUUUCCUCAUCCUUUUUGCUUUUUGCUUCUUCUUUUACUCUUUCUUUGUUUUCUUAACUGCUUUGUUAAGAAAGAUUUGCAUUAAAAAUUAGAAGAAAAUAAUGUCGCGCUGAUUUAAAGGGCAGCAAAUGUCAACAGAGGGCUUGAUUUCAAGACUGGCAGCAAAAAAGGAAUGGAGUUCCUAAUGCGAAGGGAUAUAACAUGAACACUGAAACUUGAAUAAAGGGAAGAGGACUGCCAGACGACUUUCUUAUAUAUACUUUCUCCUGGAAUUCCCUGCUCCUUGUGGCAUCAGGAAAACUAUUUUAUGAAACAUGGGGAGGUCAACAGACAAGUGAAGAUGAACCCUUACGUCACUUCUCACUUCAGGAGGGAUCUUUUCCCCCAUUUUCAUUUGUUGUAGACUUUUGUGUUUUCCUCUACGGGUCUUGUUCCACAUCUGUUGUUUUGCUGCUUUAUUUGAACUUCCAGUAAUGCACUGUUAUGGUUUAGGGACUGUUUCUGUCCCGUGGUUCCUAUGAUUUGAUAUUACUAUUAAUACCUCAGUACUUCUGGCAAUAGUCAGGAAAGGUAAACACAUAUAAAAAGCAAAUUUUCCUUGCUUAAUUUUAACAUUUAAGUAUACUAAGAAAUUUUGUUCAUAUUUGCAUGCAUGUUAGAUAAUAGUUUUUACUUCAAAGAUUUUCACGCAAGUUGCCAUUUUCAUGUGGCCUCUGCAUUUUAUUAUCUUUUUUGUUCUAAGGAAAUCUUUCAGAUGCUCAAGUAGACCUUUGUGAUGAGGCUCAAACAGAGAUGCUGGUUAAGAGACUUCAAUCCACAAAGGUAGUUAAACUCUUUGCCAGCUUAUUUCUGCAGUACUUCUGGGCUCUUCUCCUUCUGUGGCGAGCACCCGAUUUAUCAGCCUUGGCACCUGACCCCCAACAAAUGCAGAACACUUCCUAAGGUGAUUUGUGUACUUACCUUUUUCCUGCAUUUAAAUUGCCAGCCUAAAUCUAAAAACACUAGUCACUUGAGAUAGAUCCUAGUAACCUUUCCAUGUUACUGCCCUUCCCUUUUGUUGUCAAGUAUUAGUGAUGUCUCAGCUGUAAUGCUUAGCGGCAAUGAGGUUUGUCUGCUCUGAGACGGUGACUGUGACAGGUAAUUGUUAAAAGUUGUGUUGUUCAGCUCACUAUUUCACACACAUCAGUCAGUACACAAAACAAGUUCACAAUGGCCAUGAAAGAGAUAUACAGACACUUAGAAAAGAAAUGUGAAAUUGUGAAAGCAGUUACAUGAGAGGGAACAGGCAAACACAAUAUGUCUUUCUGUUGGCUCCCUUUUACAGGAAAGAAAUUAUUAUGUUUCAAUAAUACCACAUUUAAAGAAUAGUUACACUUAGCUGAAAUCAAUAUGUUACGCGCUGCUACUUAUUAUUUUAAUUUACAAGCACUGUAUUUGUUUUUGUGUGGACAAUUAUUUACACAGAAUAAUUAAUUGAAAAAAUACUUUGAUUUGACUUCAUUUUUUUUAUAUCCUUAUGCCCAAACCAAAGGAUUUGCAAAACUGCAAAAAACGUUGAUCGUAAGAUUUUGCAUGAUUUUCUUUUCUCUUUUGACUGCAUGUUGCAAACAUGUUCCUCAAAACGUUCCUUGUAUUGUUUUUAUAGGAAAAAACCCAAUCCUGCAUGCUCCUCUGUAAUGUAUGCUGAAGUCAGUAUGACCCAACCUUUUGAAUGAAUUACUGCACAUGAGCCACAUAGCUUUUAGCUAUUCAUGACACCCUUCUUUUCCCUCUAUCUUAUUGCAUCCCUUCAGUGUAAUUUAAGUACAUUACUGUUAGUGAAUGCAUAUAAACCUCCAAGAAAGCCUAUAUUUGCUGAGGAAAUAGACUACACUGGAAUCAGAACUACACGUUGUGAAAGCUGAAAAAAGUCACUGACUAAUGGCCUUGAAGGGUGUAAUCCUCUUGUUGGACUGGAAAUUAUCCCCCUAAUCAAGACAGAAUGGAAGGAUCGCGUUGGUAAUAGUACACAUAACUUCACUGACUUUGUCAACGUACUUAAUUACCAUCAAGUUAAACAGAAAAAUACUGAAAUUCAAUCACAGAUGAUGGGAGCGGCACGUGUAAAACGUCGCUUCAGUGCUGUGGUGGAUGGGCCAGUGGAGGAGGAGGAAGUAAUGAGGCUGGCACAGAGUGCUGCAGAUACCGCAGGGCUCGGAGGGAGCCCAUCGGGGUCAGGGACCCCAUCCAAUUGCUCCCCGAUCCAUGCCCUCAACGGUAAACCACUACCACUUCAGAGCAACGCCAACAAUGCACGGAGGCAGAGUGCCAUUGGAGAGUCAGCUGGGAGAGAUGCAGGAGGAGAAGGUGUAGUGACAACAGGAAGACUAUGCUCAGAACCAAAGAAUAAGAAAAGCAGUGGUGUAGGAGGGAGAGGGAAAGGCUGUUUUUCAUCAGACCAGGGUUCACUCUCUUCCCCCUCCACCACCAGCCGCCGGCGCAACAGGCGCUCAAGUCGCCGGCCCCGACAGCGCUUUGUGGGCAAGGACGGACGCUGCAACGUCACCUUCGUCAACAUGAGCGAGAGGGGCCAGCGGUAUCUCAGCGACCUCUUCACCACCUGCGUGGACAUCCGCUGGCGCUGGAUGCUGGUCAUCUUCACCCUCUCCUUCGUACUCUCUUGGCUGCUUUUUGGCUUUGUCUUCUGGCUCAUUGCCUCUGCGCAUGGGGACCUCUCCAUUCAGCUUACCCCCAGCUCAGGUUCCUCUCUGGGAUCAGGAGAAGCCGGUUCUGGAGGAGAGUUUGAUAGAGAGGCAGUGGUUGUGGAGACAUGCUUCCUCCAAGUGAACAGCUUCAUGGGGGCCUUCCUGCUCUCCUUGGAGACACAGACAUCCAUUGGUUACGGAUUCAGAAGCGUGACCGAAGAAUGUCCCCUGGCGGUGUUGGCGGUCGUUUUGCAGUGCAUUGUGGGCUGCAUUAUUGACGCCUUCAUCAUCGGGGCAGUCAUGGCCAAGAUUGCCAAGCCCAAGAAGCGCAACGAGACGCUGGUGUUCUCUGAAACAGCCGUGGUGGCACUGAGAGAUGGUAAACUCUGCAUGAUGUGGCGGGUUGGAAACCUACGCAAGAGUCACCUGGUAGAGGCACAUGUCAGAGCACAACUUCUGAAGCCUCGGGUGACACCAGAGGGAGAAUACCUCCCACUCGACAACGAUGACAUCAACGUUGGCUUUGACAAUGGUACCGACCGCAUCUUUUUGGUGUCACCUGUGACAAUUGUCCAUGAAAUCAAUGAAGAGUCACCUUUUUUUGAGAUGGACCAAAAAACUCUGGAGAAUGACUCUGAGUUGGAGGUGGUGGUCAUACUUGAGGGUAUGGUGGAGGCCACAGCGAUGACCACUCAGUGUCGUAGCUCCUAUGUGGCUUCAGAAAUCCUCUGGGGACAACGCUUUGAACCAGUGCUCUUCGAGAGGAAAGACUGCUACCAGGUGGACUACUCUUAUUUCCAUCGGACAUAUGAAGUUCCAAACACACCAUCAUGCAGCGCUAAAGAACUAGAUGAGAAGGACACUGAAAGCUCACAUUCUUCAUUUUGUUAUGAGAAUGAAGUUGCCCUGGAGUUUGUCUCACCUGAGGAUGAGCCAGAUCAACAUCCUAAGUGUUCCUCCCCACCGUCUCGAAAGCCAUCCUCGGCAGAACAUCUUCAUUACAACUGAACUAAAAGAGGAGGUUUUAAAAGGAAAUAGGCAGAAAGCUUACAGAGAGCUCUUAGGACGACCAGGCCACAUAAGUGGUUAAACAGCUGGAUAUGAGUACACGUAGACAGGCAAAAAAUUACCAAAAUGAAGUCACUGAUAGGAAAGAGCAUUAGUUACAAUGAUAUGAAAGGUAGAAAGAUCUAGUAUAAGAGCAAGUCAAGAGGUUUAGACAGGUAGUUAAGUGUAGAUUAACAUCCAAGAGAGGAAAUGUGUAAACAGGAAAACACAGGAUGAGUAAGGUCACUACUCUGACCUAGUUGUCUGAUUGGCCCUGGCAGUCUUUCAGUAUCAUUGAAAUCUUGUCUGUUCGGCCUCACAUCUGGCCCAUCCUUACCACAGCAGCUCAUCUGGCUCUGCCUGACUAACGGGAUAUGCAACAGCACCACACAGUGACUGCAGCCUGCAACUGCCCUUGCAGGCUUUUUUGACUGAAGACAUGUUUGAUCUGUUUGAUGUGGCUUUCGUAUGGAGCGAAUGAUAAUUUCAUUGUUACUCAGGAAUGUGUUUCCACUAUGAUGCUGACUUAUCACUUCAAUCCUUCAGUUUCUUAUGGUAAGUAUGGAUAGUGCACUUUCUGUGAUAUUGGGAGAUUGAUAAGAAUGUACUUGAAUAUUGAAGCAGGUAUUCUGUUUGAGUCAAAGCGGAACAAUUACGUGAAGAAACAGCUGGAAACUAGCAGCGGUUUUUAGCCGUUUUCUCUCAUGUAAUGUACUAUAUUUUGUUUCUUUGUUGGCUUUGAACGAAAAAAAGUUAAUAUAUUGUAAAUGUUGCUUUAUUUAAUGUAAUGUUUGAGAGGACUUCCAUGCAUGUUAGAGUUUCAGAUCAUAGCAGUGAUCUUGUAGGAUAAAUGAUGCUGGCUGUGUGCAGAUAAUCCAUUCAUCACUGUGCUUUUUUUCUUCUUGCACUAAUAUCUACAGUAUCUUCUCAAAUUUUAUGUUAGUGUUUUUCUCUGUAAUUUUUGGAUUCUUGUACUAACUGAGCUAUGCCAUUGUAACCUUGUUUAAUGCACUUGUUUGACCCUUGAUGGUGGAAACUGAAUCUGAGCCAAAAAGAGUUGCUCCUGGUGACUCCGUUUAGCUUUUGCAUCAGAGACAGUAAGUCACUCCCAACAUUACAAGAACAUGACUCAGCUGAACUGAGUAGGACAUAUUGUCAGAUGGUAAUGAUGUUGGGGUGCUCUUACUGCAUCUAUAAAACGUCUGACUUUGACUUCACAGUUGGAAGAUGGUCGAACUGGAAUCUACACCACAUUCACAAAGGAUUAUUCUAUAUUCUGUAUGGAUCAAUGAAUCAUGUCAUUUUCCCCCAGUUUGAAUACACUACAUAUUGUUUAUGGCUCAGAACAUGAGCACAGUCUAGUAGGUGGUGCCUUCCUGAUGGAUCAGUGACUAUGCAACUGUCCCCUCAUCAGCGCUGUUUAUUCCACACUCAAAAUGUGUAUUUACAGUGUAUUUACAGUGUAUUUUCAUUGUGUGUGUUUUAUGCAUUUACUGUUGCUUUUUGUCACUUCAACAUUUGCAGAAUGUUUAAAUACACAAAUAAUUAACCUGACUCAACGAAGUAUCUGCGUAAUCACAAUAUGUGCACAGAGUGAUGAAAUAAAGAAGCUUUUAGCUGUUUUUCACUGUAGACUAUUUAAUAGUUACGCUUCAUGGUUAUAUUACAAAGCACUUUUAAAGUUUUGUUUGUCAUAAUCUUGUAAUAAUUUACAUUAAAUCUAACCACAUGAGUAUUUAUGCAUUUGAUUACAGAAUAUGUUGGUUAAAGAAAUAUAAAAAUGAGUGUGAGGUGCAACAUGUUUAUUGUUGACCAAUAAUCAACCUAUCCCACGCACAACUUGUGAACUAUUUCUUUGUACUUUGCACAAGAGUAAAAUGUAGAGGCUGAUAUCAUAUAUGAAACUCUACAACAGCACAAUAGUGUUGCAGGUGCAACAAAUGUUUAACUCAAUGCCUCAUUUGUGGUGGUUCACUUGUAUUUUUGAAGAGAUGCACCCUUGUACCUUCAGGUGGAACUGAGGUAUGAAUUGAUAACACAUUGUCUGCUACAACUGGUGUUGAUACUGUUUUAUGUUUGUGUUUCCCUUUACACUUUUCCUUCAUGGCCAUCUUCUAUUUAUAGGCUGGAUGGAGGGUCUUGUCAUUCACUCUGCCUCCACAUCUAUGAUAUGUAAUGAGAGCCCAAAGCACUGUCACUUUUUUCACUUAUUAAACAAGCCGAA